AACUUUCGAAUGGGUCAAUUGUUUGAGAAUUUGUUUAUUCUUCAAUUUAUUUCUUAUCAAAAUUAGUAUAAUUUAUACGAAGUUGUCAUUGCAAAGUUACCGCAUAAAUUUUACCUGUAACAAAAAAGUGCCAAAAAUGCAUUUGCCAAUAAUUGUGUUAUUUCUAUUCAUCACACAUUUGACACACGGCAUUGAAGCCGCCGAAUGGGUGGGCUUAUACCGGGACACGAAUCAUCCAGGCAAAUGCGUCAUUGAACAGUACCUGAUCUUAAAAGAGGGUGUUAGCGUCAAGGAUCCCAAUCAUGAGUGUCGGCAGAUUAUCUGCGGGUUCAAUGGCUCGACAAUAUUCCAAAGUUGUGGCGUCAUUAGUGGAUUUUUACCUGGCUGUCGCUUUGGUGACUACAUCAAUGUCGAUCAGCCCUAUCCGCUUUGCUGUGAACGUAAAAUCAUUUGUGAUUGAAAUUUUGAACUCACAAACGACAUUGAAGCAAACUGUGCAGUAAAUUUUAGUUGUAUCACAAUUUAUAUAUAUUCACAUUCAUCACACGUUCAAUAAACAAUAUUAUUAUUAUUA